AUGGCGAGACUAUUAGAUCUACCAAGUGAACUUCUCUUUGCGAUUAUUGACCUCGUGGUCACUUCUAUCCACUGGCCCGAGGAGAGCAAACGCUACCGGCCAGUAGGAGACACAGGCCUUUUCCCUAGAAACAUAUAUUGCGUCCCUAAACUCAAACUCGACGGACGGUACCCUGCACUAAGUCUCUUACUCACGAGUCAGAAACUCUACUUGGAGACCCAAACCUAUCUCUCAAAGAAGCCACAGACCCUGAACCUCGACGUCGCAAUCGUUGACGACCAUUGGAUUUGGCCAACGUGGCGAAAUCUGCCCGUGCGGAAAGACGGCGCCUUUGACCGAAUCGACGUCCAUUUCAUUCUUUGCUGCACUGAGCACGAACGGUCACUACAAGACGAGUGGAAUACGGAAUCCGUAGCAGGCGCUUGUCACAGCACGGAUAAGUACUGUUUACCAGCUACAAGGUACUUAAACUGGCGGGCAUUAAAUCCACUCAACAACCUCAUUACUGAUGAGAGGAUUGCCGCUUCCAUUGCCAACACGCUCUCCGACUUCAUGGAACAGCCCUUUUCAGGUGAACCAAUAGGAAGCCCUUUCAUCUCCAGAACCAAGACACUAGCAUUCCAUAUUGAUACGAGUGCCUAUAGAGACAGGAACAGACUUCUAAGUGAGUCAGAAGUUCCAGUGAGAAUAAUCGAUGGACUCGCCCAUCUCUACUUCAAACAACUUUACCCCGCCAAUGUCGAGAGAGCAAAACAUUUUCUGAAAGAUGUACAGGAAUACGUCCAAAUCUGGUUUCAAGAAGGGAAAGAAAAGAAAGAAGCUUUGCCAAGAGUUGGAAAAGUCUUAUUCUGCAUCGAUGGGGCCACUGUGCGAGGACUGGACCCAGCACAAUACGCACUCGGAAUUAGUGGGGACUAA